AUGCCACCGCCGCCGCCAGCCCCCGACGCCCCGGCCGCGCGCGCGAAGAAGCAGCGGCCCCGGGAGAAGUCUCCCGAGAAGCCUGAGGCGCUGCUCUCCUGCUCCUGGCCCUCGGCCACCAGCAGGAGGCCCGCGGCGCGUCGGUCCCCGGGCCCGGCUGCCGGCAGGACGCCCGCCCCAGCCGCGCCGCGCCUCCAGCCCCGGGCCCCGGCCACUCGGCCGCCACCCCCGGCCCGGUUCGCCCCGCCGGGCCACGCCCGCUCCUGCGACAGCCUGGCGCCCGGGGCCGCGCGCACGGGGACCGCCGCGGGAUCGGGGGCCGGGGCCGCUGCGCGCUUCGCCCUGAACCUGCCCCCCGAGGCCGUGCUGCUCAUCCAGCGGCGCCACCUGGAGCGGCAGCUGCCCCGCGGACCCGGCCCCGCGCCCCCCGCCGGCCCCCGCGCCGCCCGCCGCCCGCCGCUCCCGACGCAGCCCCUGCCGGCCGGGGACCUGCGCGCUGUGCUGAAGGUGUCGCUGCUGAACGAACGGCACAAGUACGACGACGUGGAAUACGAGGACGAGGCCGAGGCCGAGGCGGCCGACGAGGGCCUGGUGCGCAAGUGCACCGAGUGGCUGCGCGGCGUGGAGACGGCGGCCACGCGCGACCGCGCCGGCAGGCUGGGCACGCUGCCGCACCUGGGCACGCUGUGA